AUGGUAUCAACACAAAGAAGCCGACCUCCUGAAGCUUGUGAACCUGGGACACCAGCAGAAAAUCUACCCAAAGAACAAACUCAAGUUUGUGAGAAGAUGAUAAAUCUUGAAAUCAUCUCAGCUCUCUCAAUCAUGGAUGAAAUCAAAACUAGCAUCACAAUCUCAGAGAGAGAGUUUAUCUUAGCAUCAAGAGAUAUUAUAUAUUCAUGCAAUCAAUACUCUGAUUAA